AAAAUAGGUUAUACCAAUAUAUACGUAGCAAAUCAGCUGUGUAACAACAAAAAUGUAAAAAAUGCGGCAGAAAAUCACCGUCGGUGAAUAUGUCCGUAAAAACUGGCUCCUCCUCGGCAUUCUCGGCUGCAUUAUCGCGGCGAGUUUCUUCCCGAGCGUGGGUAUCAAGGGUGGUCCACUACGACCCGAAUACACCGUGAAAUACGGCGCCGUUUGCCUCAUAUUCUUCAUUAGUGGCUUACAACUGAAAACAGAAAAUGUCCUGCACACGCUGCGACAAUAUAAACUACACGCAUUCAUCCAGGGGUUCACCUUCGUCCUUGUACCUUUAUUCAUGCAAUGCGUCGUCAAAGUAUUCGGAAUAUUCGGCGUCAAUUUAUGGAUACUCCGAGGAUUUAUUACCGUGGCAUGUAUGCCACCGCCGGUAUCUUCAGCUGUGAUAUUAACACGUGCGGCAAACGGUAACGAAACAGCUGCCAUUUUCAACUCGAUCGUUGGCAGCUUCCUGGGGAUCAUCAUCACGCCAAUCUCACUUCUACUAAACUUGGGGUUCACUACAAUUGUACCUCUAACAGGCACAGUCCUCCAGUUAGUAACAACAGUAUUAUCUCCAUUGAUAAUCGGGCAAGUCAUCCGCAACUGCACACCAUUCCGAGGACAUUCAUUACCUUUGGGUGUCCUAAGUCAGUUUGCGCUUAUGCUGAUAAUCUUCGCGACAUUCUGCGAAACAUUCCAUACGCCUGAAGAUGGUUUAACCGCGGGGAAUAUAUUAUUCACCGUGUUUUUCGUGUUAAUCUUGCAAAUCGCCCUGUUAUACUUGGCCUUCACCCUGGCGAAUCGCCACCGCAGUGAUUUCAACGCAUCUGAUGUAAUCGCAAUAGUAUUCUGCUCGACGCACAAAUCCCUCACACUUGGCAUACCAAUAUUGCGUAUAAUGUUCCAUGGUUUCUCGCACUUGUCACAAAUAAGCCUGCCGCUGUUAGUCUACCAUCCAACGCAGAUAAUCCUCGGCGGUAUGUUGGUCUCACACUUGAAGGAAUGGGGCGAGCGGGAUGGCGGUGCGCGUCGUCGCAAGUCACUAGUCUAAGUUAAUUUAAUCUAUAUUUAUAGACCAGCUAUAACGUUAUUCCUAUUAAUACAAUACUAAACUAAA